CUCAAUCGGUUUGCCUAGGAAUUAUAAGAUUUUCGCCGCCAUGGAUUCAGUGCUGAGUUCUAGUAACACCAGUCCAAUGGACGCCCUCACCGACGAUUUGAUUAUUCUUAUCUUCCGGCACCUCGCAUCUAACGGCGUCUUCUUCUCGCACGCUUUUGUCUGCUCGCGAUGGCUCCGGCUGGCGCGCGUUUCACAGUCCGCGAUCUACGUGGCUCGGCAGCGGGGAAUUCCCGGCGCGCAGCUGAUCCACGCAGUGUUGCGUAUGCCGAGCCUCACGUCCAUCGAUCUGGCCAAUCGCAGCGUGGAUUCCAUUAGCGACGCGUUCCUGGCAGGUCUUGCCAAGGCAUGUCCGCAACUAUCGUCUUUCUCCCUCACGGUUGGAGGUCGUCUUGGAGGGCCAUCAUGCUUGUCUCACACCUCUGCCUCCUCGGCCAUCCCGUCAUCGGCCUUAUCAAUAUCAUCGCUCUCGUCCUCACCAUCGGCAUCAUCAUCACCAUCGUCGUCGACUGGCACAGCAUCAGCAGCAUCAGCAGCAGCAGCAGCAGCAGCAGCAGCAGCAGCAGCAGCAGCAGCAGCAGCAGCAGCAGCAGCAGCAGGAGGCGUUUUUCUUUCCUCAAAGGGCCUGGAAUCCCUUUUCUCCACGUGUACGCGUUUACAGCAGCUCCGUUUGCACGGUGCAGCCGCUGGGAUCACCUCUCUCACCUCAUCCUUGCUCCAUCUAAAGCAGCUGACGACUCUCCAUCUCUCCCUUGACCACAUUCAGGAGCUUCCCCAGGCAUUUGGCCUCCUCACUUCCCUAACUCACAUCAACCUACACACUCCCCUCCUCCAUUCCCUCCCCGCAACUCUGGGCAGCUUGAAAAACCUCGCCUCCUUUGAACUUGUUGACUGUGAUGCCCUCGACUCCCUGCCCGAGUGUAUCGGGCAGCUGAAAUCGCUCAGCCAUUUGAGUGUGAGCAGCAGCAGCUUGGAUUUCCUCCCUGAGUCCCUCUCCCUCCUCUCCCUCACUUCUCUCGAUCUCAUCCUCCCCUCUCUCCCUCACCUCCCUGCAUCGCUCGGCUAUCUCUCCCUCUCCACCUCCCUCUCGUACCUUGCGCUCACCAUCUGCAACGCCCUGCAAUCCCUCCCUGCGUCUCUCCGAUCUCUCCAUGCACUCAGAACAAUCGAGAUCAGCCAGUGCUCAAUAGUAGCCCUCCCAGACGACUUUGGCUUACUACCAGCCCUAGAAACGCUCGAGCUGAAUGCUUGUGAGGAGCUUUCACAGCUGCCAGACACAUUCCCCCUCCUGCCCUCCCUCACCAACCUCUCCAUUGCUGGAUGCCCCAAUAUUCGCUCCCUGCCUGAGGAUUUUGGGCACCUGCGCUGCCUGAAAAGGUUUGAGCUCUGCAGUGUUGCUAAAAUCUCGCAUCUUCCGGACUCUUUUGGGCAGCUGGAGACACUGCAGGAGUUGAAAUUUUCAGACUGCCCGACACUUGGGGAACUACCAUCGUCACUUGGCGGCCUUUCAUCCCUUGAGCAUGUCACAAUCAGCAGGUGCAGUUUACUGGGUGGCUUCCCUGCGAGCAUUGGCAUGCUUCCAUGUCUACAGGAACUCACAAUUCGCCGUUGCUCUGGUGUUCAGUCUCUUCCAAUCUCACUAUGCGACCUUUCUUCACUCAAGAGCCUUGUUGUUGAGGAUUGCUGCAGCAUUACCUCCCUCCCUGAGCGCCUUGGGCAGUUGCCCAACUUGCAGGUGCUGAGGGUGGUAAGGUGUGUGGGCCUUCACAGUGUUGCUGAUUCAGCAAAUGACCUGCUCCGUGGAAAGAAGCAGUAGAGCAUUGUUGAGGUGCAUGACUUCCUGGGUUGGAGUAGUGAGAUGGCAUCCUCACUCAGCAGUGUUGACCUCGCAGAGUAAUAGUUUGCAAUGUAAAUGGGUGCGCCUUGUUGUUUUUCCACAUUGCUCCUUAGUAAUCCUUAGCUUUUGAAUAGCAUGUCAAUAGUAAAUAAUUCUAUAUCCU